UUCUGAAACACCAAAACCCUUUAAAUCAAUAUCCCCGUCAGUUCUUUUCUUUUCUUUUCAAAUUCUGAUACCUGGAGUUACAGCUUUUCUCACCGGUUUCCGGUAAUAGUAUAAUGCAAUCGUUGAGUAGAGGAACUCCCAAUGGAGUUGCAAUAUCUCCAUUACCAAACCAAAGAAUUACAAUUUAUUCCAAUCUCAUUAGGUUUUCCUCCUCCCCAUUCAAACUUCCCAGCACACGCUCACUUCCAGGGUCAAGAUUGAAAGUUUGUAGUUCCAUGAAAUUCAUCCCUAAUGUUGCGAAACAGACUUCUACUUCGAUGAUCACUGAAACAAGUUCACUAAUUCCUCAUAAAAUUGGACUACUUGUUAAAGUUAUUAUAGCCUUUGGUCUUUUGAGAGUGGGUUUAGAGCUGAUUCAUAAACUUUUGAGGUGGGACUUCCUAGAUGUUAAUGACCUGAUAACAACUCAAUUUGAUGGAAGAGAAAUCUUUGGAUUUGUUGAAAGAAAAGAAUUGUUUGGUAUAACAGUUAAGAUGAAUGAUGGAGAACGGGUUUUUAUUUCAAAACGAAAAUCAAAUGGUGUUAUCACCAAGUUUGAUCAUCAAGUGAAGAAUGGAGAGCGUGUUAAUUGGAGAUUUACAAUGGAGCUGGAGGUUGAAAUGAGUCAGGUUGACAGAAUUAAGAAAGAAAUCUGUAAGAUCUUGGAAGAGGACGAAAAUUUGGUGCAAGAAGAUUCUUUUGUCGUUGAAUGUCACUUUGAUUUUCCUAAUAGAACAGUAGUGUUACUAGUGUCCUGCUUUACCAAGACUGACACACAUGAGGAUUACUUCGCAAUUAGAGAUGCCUUGCUUCUAAAAUUGAGGCAAGCUUAUUGACACUACUAGCUAGUUCUACAGCAGAAUUGCUUCUUCCAGAGUUCAUAAUAUUUCUCAUAAUCAUCAAGUAAAGGCGAUAUCUCCUCUCUACAGUGAGGGGUUUGUACAUUUUACUGUCUCUCUAUCUCUCUAUCUGUAAUAUUUCUUUCCUUCUGUUCAUUUUCUUGGAAAGGGGGUGUAAAUAAUUUUUGGGAUAGCUUAGAAUCAUGCGAGAAAAUCAUUUGUCUUAGUCCUCUCAGUAAAUUGUGAUUUGCUACAAACAUAGAAUAUCGGUCAACUUUUAAACGCGAGUAAAAAAUACCACUUCUGUGAAAGAGAAACUAUACGUUGGUCUUUGGAGUCCUCUGUCAUCACCUUAGAGUUGACGCGGAAGAUGUUGCUGGUCUCUUUCUCUCUCUCAAAGUGUCGCCUCUUUUGAAAAACAUAAUAUUUGUGUAUGAUUAAAGAUGCAAUUCAUACUUUUGAUUCUC